ACGCGCAUUGACCGACGCGCCGCUUUUGCGCGGGAACUACGAAGAACCUUGUGACACGUGAAAUUAUUUUAUAUGUUGUACGUUGCGAGACGUUUUUUGAAAAAAAUUAAUACUAUUGAUGUAACUUUUGGAUUUCAAAAUGAAGCUUUUAAUGUUUAUUUUUUGCGUUAUACCAGCGUUGGUGACAUCAAUAACUAUUUCACCAAAUGGCAACAGUCCAGAAAUCAAAAUGAUUGGCGGCAUGAUGGUGGAUGUCCAAAAAGGAUUCACGCCUAUGGCAUCUAAUAAGGUGGAAGCUAUCAUCGAUGUGAACAAUUAUGAAAAAAGCCGAAAAUCUAUUAAUAAUUUUACAAAAUUAUCGAUUAAUGAACGUUACAGAAGAUUGAUACCGUACAUGACAUUUUACUACGCAAACGAUUUAGCAACGCCGACAACGGAAACUUAUAACACUAAGAAUGUUGAGGUUGAAAAAGCGGAAAUCAUUGAAGCAACCACGAUAGGCCAAUCAAAUGAUCGACAACCUAAGAAAAUAUAUUAUCCCGCUCACAGAAACAUUCCUAGAUAUCAGGGUAACCGAUUGACACAAUAUAAUAUAGCUUCGGCGAACCCGACAAAGUUUUUAUACAAAGAAGUUGUUCCUGUGUACCAAAAUCCAGUUAAACUUACUCCAAAUUACAAUCCAUUGUUAUCAGACGCUGGUUAUGUGAUUGAUAAUGAUUAUGAUUACCAGAAAAUAGCACAGAAACCAAUUGUUAAGGCUCCGAGUGCUCCUUUUGUAGCACCUUCAAGGAAACCAUAUGUUAACUUUUACAAUAAUGAAGACUCAGCAAAUGUUAGAUAUUAUUUAUCAGACAAAGAACAUGUACCAAAAUUCAAAUUAGUACCAUAUGAACAGACACCUCCAGUGGCAGUUUUACCUCAAAAUGAUCAGUUUUAUGAACUUAAAAAGCCUGUUCGUGUCCUAAUUCCUAAAGAGCAAGUAUAUAUAAAACCCCGACCACAACGCCCACAGUUUUAUUACGAUAACGCGAAUAUUCAGCAACCUACACCUAGAAAACCACCAACACCGUCGGUGUCUACUUACUAUGAAAAGCGAAGACCUCAUCCUGUGCUAAUUCAACCUGUAGUUGAAAGUGGAUUCAAGCCCAUGGCUAAUCUAGAGUCAAUCUCAACCGAAGGACCUAUCUAUAGUACGACGUUACCGGAUAAAUCAUCAUUUUAUUAUGAGAGCCUUAAACAACAGCAUGUUCCGCAAUCAUAUGACACUUCAACUGUAGCCCCUAAGCUUGUAUUUAAUCAAAAUUAUUAUCAAUAUGUAGUAGAGCAACAAACUUCACAACCAGAACCACAAGUAGAGUACAAACCACAUAUAGCAGAACAAGCAACGUACAGCCCUCAGCCACUCACUCAGCAUACUGCUAAUACUAUAUCAUUGACUCAAUUAAUAAAUUCAUUGCAAUUGAAUAAGACAAUUCCUAAUCCAAUAACUAAAGAUAACGUAGGAUACUCUAUAAGAACACUUUUACAAAUAUUAAACAGUUUGAAGGCAGCGCCGCAUCAUAAUGAAGUGGAAUCUCCAGUGUUAAGUACCCCUGCGCCCUUUGUAAAUCCUGAAGUGAUUGCAGAAGUUCCAGCCAAACCAGUGAUAGAAGCUACACCGGUUGCUAUUGAUGAUGAACCUGAAUUUCAUGAAGAACCAUAUCUUGCUCCUGUUAAAACCCCAUCACAACAUCUUGAUGACUUCCCCAAUAGAGCUACAACUAGUCAAAGAUUCCCUCUUCCAAUCACCUCUGACGAUGAAGGUGGUACUCCGGGCCAACCAGGAGUAGACUACCCCAUUCUCACAACGAUCCCUCAAACGAGAUUUAAUUGUAAAACUCAGCGAUACAAAGGUUUCUUUGCUGAUCCCGAGACUAGAUGCCAGGUAUGGCACUAUUGUGAUCUUAAUGGUGGCCAGGCGUCGUUCCUGUGUCCCAACGGGACCAUAUUCUCGCAGGCUGCGCUGACUUGCGAUUGGUGGUUCAACGUGCAGUGCUCCUCUACGGCGCAGCUGUAUGUGCUGAAUGAAAGCCUAUAUAAAUAUAUACUGCCACAUUCGCCGAAAUUCCCAGAAGAUUACAGUGGACCUUUAGUAGAUAAAUACCUGACCCUUAAGUUCAAAGAAAUGGAAGAGCAAUUUAAGAAAAAUAAGAACAAGAAGACUGCAUCAGACAAGAUGGAUGAUGAAGAUACAGAAGACUCCAGCGAGACGCCAGAGACCACCAGUGCGCCUGACCAUGACGAUGUUAAUACCGCAAAUGUAGUCAGUGAAGCUAGCGUCAUAGUAGCCACUCCUGGCAGCAGCGGGAAUGUGGAAAGGUUAUCAGACUAGGGUUGUACAAAAUGUACCUAAUUAGCAUUUUUCAUCAGCAAUAACCAAUGAUAUUGAUAUGUUAUUGCUGAUAGUUGCUGUUAAGCGUAGUGCAGUGAGAAACGUAGAUACUAGGCAAUUUUCAGUUGGUUUCGUAUAGCUUUAGAUUGGGGAAUACUCUGCGGCGGGUUUCCCAGUAAGGUAGGUCUAUCCCAUCGAUUUGUGUCAAUGUCUUAGAAGAUAAAAACAAAAGAACUAACUAUUAAUACAAUAGUUGGCGUGAGGCGCGAAGCCUAAAGGAAUAUAUUAUAUUAAAUCUUUGAAAAAGCUCCAAGCCUUGUGAAAAUUUUCACUGUCGAUAUUGACUUACAAACAGUUCUUUAUUGUAUAUCGAAUACGAAGCCAACAGUUGAGAAAAUAAAUCGAGAAUAUGCUAUUACAAGAUGAUCAUUUUCUUUGGUCUCCUCUGCACGUAAAAGCUUUAUAGCUUUUGAUGCUUAUGCUUACCUAUAUAUUAUGUGGGAAAAGGGGUUGAGUGUCACAACUUAUACAGAGUGUUACAAGGUGGAAAUUGAAGGUCAGUGUACUCAUCAGUACCUAUCUCCAUAUAUGUGAACCUAUUUUUUUGUUACCCCUUGGAAAUAUUUGUGACGUUGACGAACUAAAUUCUUAACAAAUAUCGCUUUUAAUAUUAUUUAAGCAUAUAUCUAAAAAACUGUGAUAGUUUGAAAUCCACUUUACCUACCUAUUUUGGGUAUGCUAUUAGAUGUGUAAAAAUAUUAUACUUAGAUUAUCAUCGCGUUUGUAAUAUAUAUUUAGCUAUGUAUGUAAAUGAUACUUUGAAGAAUCCUAAUUUUUCGUUGUAUGAAUAGAAUUAUGUUAAUUUUGCCAUUUACAAAUUUUUUAUGAUAAGCGUGUUAUUGAGUGGAUAUUAAUGUAAGGAAUUAAACUUGCCAUAAAUCGCCAUGUUUAAUUCAAUUUUCUUUGUAAACGUUUCAAACAUAGUGAACAUGUGAAUUAGUAAAACAUAUUUUGAUGUUAGUCGAAAUAAAUUAUUCUAGUUUAGAAGUAAUAUUUCAAUACUCAUGUGUAAGGUGCGUAUAACGUAAUUUGUGUAAAUUGUAAAUAUUGAUGCGAGUGUUUAUUUUAUA